CGGCUGCUUAGUUGUUCCACAACUGUUUGACGCAGCGCAAGCCUCAGCGAGUCAAUCGUAUUGUAUUCACUGAUAAGUAUGUGCAUUACUGAUUAUAACCAAAUAUCAGUUAUUGUUGGGUAUGUAAAGUGUUUUAAACUAAGACAUCUUCAACAGUCAGUGCACAAGUUGUUAGUUAGAAGACUGUACUUUACGGACGACGUUGUAUUGUGAAAAAAUUUAAGACUUUGGAAGUUUUGUUCAGUAAAAAUCGUAGUUUUUUUAAGAGUUAUUUACGAAAAUGUCGACGGGCAAACGUCUAGCGAAGCGUUCUAUAAUCGGUACUCGUGUUUGUGCCCCAGGAGAAGACGGAAAGUAUUACUCAGGAGUCAUUCAAGCCGUCAAAACCCCGGCGAAUUUUUCGGAAAACAACAACUGCAUCAAUCUAACCCCUAAUACCCGUUACACCGUGCGAUUCGACCCGCGACAAGGGAAUUUGGGUAGAACGAGCUGUGAAUUCCACGAGAGCCAGCUCAUCGGACCCGGUUUUCAGUCUGUGCUCGGUUUAGAGUUAGUGCAGGGACAAAAAUGUUUCGUUACUUAUAACGGCCGGGAAAACUCUGGCGAAGUGUGCAAACACCAUACAGAAACCGAUGAAGUUAUCAUCAGAAUACACCCCAUUGGCAUCGAGGCACCCUUUGAAGUACAAAAACGUCUAGAAGAGGUCCGCCUUUUGGAAUCACGAAAGUCUGCACGACUAGCUGAUCAGGAUACCGAUUUCGCCCGAUUAGCUGAUAUGGCCGGUGACAGAAAAAGAACCGCAUCACACACCAUAGAUGUGCCAGCUCCGUCUUAUCACCACGGAUCUCGUAAAAGAAGACCGAGUGGGAGCCAAGAUGAUUGUCCCAAAGACAGUCAAAUGGAUGAAUGCAGUGCUGCUCUAGUAUUGAUGAGCCUGUCUUGCUCGCCACAUUCGCCAAAUCUUACUGCGUUUUACCCUAGUACGUCACCAGGUAGCAGUAGCAGCAGUUCAGCUUCGUACAGAUCCACCCCUUCACCUCCGCCAAUCACGUAUUCACCGCAUAAUACGCCACUGUCGUCUAGUUCAGUUUCUGACGAAGGAAUCGUCAUGGACUAUUAUCCUGAUGAGUUACCAAGAAAGAAAAAGAAUUUGACACGCAUCGUGUUCCAAUGCACUUGGCCAAGCUGCUUAAAAAUGACCAAUACCUGUGAUGCCAUCGAAGCGCAUAUUCGUAAUGAGCAUUUGAAGGAUCAAGUGUGCGAAGAUUCAGAAGAAGAGUUUUACUACACAGAAGUAGAACUAGGGUUGACUAGCCCCCCUCCCACUCUCUCCCACCGCGACAUGGCCAGACCUUUCCAUGAAGACCCCGACUACCAAAGAUUUUUGGUUGGCAAUAUGCGCCAGUGUUUGCUAAGCCAGCAGCAGCAGCAAUCACAGCAUCAAGUUCAGCCGCAGCCACAACCACCACAGCCGAUACCACAAUCUCCCCAUAAACUCCUUAAGUUGUCGCCUCGUCCUCACAGUCCCAAGAUGCCAGUAUCCCCCAGGAGGAUCCGAGGAGAAAACAAGAAAUGCCGGAAGGUAUACGGAAUGGAACACAGAGAACAGUGGUGCACACAGUGCAAGUGGAAAAAGGCUUGUUCUAGGUUUGGCGACUGAUACGCACCUUCCAAACGUUAGAGACGCUUUUUAAAAGUGCCCCGAAAUGUGUUCUUUAAAGGACAAAAAGGGUGCGGACUACCCUGAUCUCAACACUUGAUGGAAGUACAACUAAUACGAUAUUUCUCUAGUGAUGGUCAAAGAUCAAUCAAAUCAAGCUGUAUCUGUGUUCUUUCAAAAAAAAACUUUACUCAAUAUACUGCUGCACUUCUUUGGAGGCUCUACUACAGAUCCAACUUUACUAAGGAAUAUAUGAAAGCGAUUUAGUUUUGAUAGAUUUCUUGGUAUAUAACCAAUAGUUAGUUUAUCAUGCAAUAUGCAGUAUGUUAAAUAUAAUUUUCGGGUUUCUCAAAUUGUCUCAAAAUGUCUAAUUGUAGGCAACAAGAAAACCUUUGCUGCAGUAAAAAUUAUUUAUAAUAGACCUACAUAACAAAGUCCAUUAGAGUUACUAUGUUAUUAUAGUUGUUAAUUAUUGUUGUUAAGAAAAAAGCGUUAUAAUGUUUGUAAUUUAAAAAAUCAUUUUUCAUUUUAUUUAUUAUCGCAUCGUUAUUUAUUGUAUCGUCUUUGCAUUAUUCGUUUUUUUAUUGACUGUUAAUGUUAUUUUUUCAUUAUUAUUACCACGAAUAUGAAAUUAAUUUGUGUAGUAUAUCAUACGAAAAAUCUAAUAGUGAAUAUACAUAGGAUUUGCUUCUAAUUUGUUUCAGAAGUGUAUUUGUUUUGUUUUAUUAAUUCAAAAUAAAGACAAUUUUUUUGCAUAUCAGGUUGUGAGCAAGCUAUUCUAAAGUUUGGGAACUGAAGUAUUUUAAAAUUUAAUUUGCUGUUUCGAGUAGGGACGAAUGUAGUUCCCGAAUAGUUAUCUAUUUUCAUUGACAACAAUUUAAACCCAACCACCGUUGGGUUUUCCGGUUAUUAGCGCACGUACUAAAAAGUUCACUUAAGAUGGACUGAUCAGUCCGAAAACGUUUGUUCUGAACAACUAUUGCAAUCCAUUUGGAUGUUUAAAUUAAUUUUUUUUAAUCAAGUUCAUUACUUCGAUGUUAAAAUUUUUAAACUUAUGAUUGCUUUACGUCACUUCUCAAGCUUGUACAAUAAUUCUUUGUUUUGUAUUAAUAAUAUUUUGAAAUAUCAAAAUCUAAAUGCUAUUGGCAUGCAUUCUAUAGUUAACUUGGAUCUGUAGAAUCAUAAGACUGCAAAUUUAGAGGGUCACGUCCAAAUUCUUUUUUGAGACAUCUUUACAGUUGCCAUUUUAAAGGUAACUAGACUGACAAUGGACUGAACUACUCUAUCUACCGACUAAUAUUAAUUGAGCCUCCCAGUAUUACCAAUACAUAGAGUCUAGUGAUGUAGGACUGAGUCUCAGAAAUGUUAUUUAGAUUUUGUUGUGAUUUUGUUCAGAUUGUAUUAUUUUCGUCAGAAAUGUUUUUUUGUUUAAUAGUAUUUAAAGUCGUGGUUAUGUCAACAAUAGGAGCAAAUAUUGACUAUUCACCAUACUAUAUAACUUACUUUUUAAAUUCAUAACCACAGCUGUUAUGAAUUGUUAAAAGUUAUUACUUAUAUUUACAGGUUUAUUCUUUUUAAUCAAUAUAAUAUUGUUUCUUAUGGUAUAUGGAAAAAAGUGGACUAAGCAGUAAGCAGCUUCCACAACUCCAUAAUAAUAAAGAAAAAGUUGAAGAAGUUCACAUAACUACGAAUACUAGAAGUAUUUUCUUACAACGAGUCUAAUUUUACAUUCUUUGUGACCUAUAAUUAAAUUCCGUAGACUUUUAGGUUAAUAUUAUAUUUCUUCUGUUUUAAUGAUCUCAAAAUGAUAGUAUAGUAAUCAUUUUACAUCAAGUAUGUACAUAAUCAGUCAAUUCAAAUUAAGUAAUAUUCACCCUGUGGAUAAUUUUUGACAAAUAAAUAAUAAUAGUAGGGAAGGAAAGUAUGCUAAAUGUGCAGUCACUUGAGCGCUUUGGGGACCUAUUGGGUUGUGAAGAGUAGGUUCUAAAACCAAAAAAAGUUAAGUAAAGUAUUCUAUUUUAGUGGGGACUUUCCAUUUUUAUUUUAAUUUUCCAUUUCCAACAAUCGUUUUUUCCAAUUAUAGCGCCAUCUAUCCAUAAUUCGAAAAAAUGUUUCAAAUAAAAGUUACUUAUUUUUACGUAAGGAACCCGAAUCUGCAAUAAAAAAUGGGGACUCCUAUUUAAAAUUUUAAAGUAACCUCCCACCCCACAUCCGUGAAAGGUCGCGUGUGGUGCCAUUCGAUAGAUUUUUCAAACAUAUUGAAUAAGUGUAUUUUUCAGUUUUUCGAUCUGAUGUUCAUUUCGCAAAAUAUCGCUGGAUUCGUAUUUAAAAUUUUAAAUUUACGCCCCACCCCUCUCCGUGAGCAGUCGUGUUUGGUAUCAGCCGAUAGAUUUUUGACAAAUAUUGAGCACGUAUUUUUUAGUUUUUAGAUCUAUCGUUCAUUUCGCGAAAUAUUCGCUUUUUUCUUGUGAAACUUUGUGACUCACCCAUUUCCUUACGCCCCUCCCAAAUCGUCAGAUUUUUGAAAUGUAUACUGUUUUGCAUGUACUUAAAUUACCUCAUCUUAAUCUGACGAUUUCGAGUUUUUCUGAUAGAUUAUUUUUUCGGGCCCCCCUUAACGAGCUCCCCUGUGUUUAGAGCCAAUAUAUGGUAGAGGUACAUCUACAGGGUACCAGGGUUCUCCCCAUAUUAUGUUAAUCUGACGCGCUCGAGUUACUGCAAAAAUCCCCGCUUGGGCUCCCCUACCAUAAAGAAGUCCGGCAAUAUUAAAGCGUUAAUAUGAUUAAUCUUGGCGGUUAUGUCACAAAGAAUGUAUAUCUAACUACCUAUCUAGCAAUCCAAUAUGGUAGAACUCAUGUCAAAUCCUCAAUUCAAAAAUAUAUACCUACUGGCAAUUCUCCAGUUUAAUAUAGAAGGUAGUUUUUUGUGUAAAAAUAUGUGUUCCAAACAAGAAAAAAAAAUCUAAUAUCAAGUUAAACUUUACCUUUAGUUUAUAACGAAUAUUUUAUAAAAUAACUAGUAGUCAAAUUUACCUUAGUGACCAAUAUCUCCAACGAGUCUUUUUGUUGUGAGUGUGUUCAUGUGGAAUAAUAUAUAAAAAAUAUACAACAAAACGGUGCCAUUUUGUGCCCUUUUAGCGGUACUAAACCAAUUUGUUUCCGCGCUUUAUGUGCUAAAAUUUUGGACAACUUGCUAUAAGUAUUCAUACUUGGAUCGUCUGAAUACCUCAUCCAUAUUCUCAUAGGAUUGAUGUUAUUUUUAUUUUGUUUAUUUCGUCUAAAUAGAAAAAUGAACUUAGCUACUGCCCCUUUAUUAAAACCUCUCGUUUGCAGCUGAGGUAGACUCAGGAGUUCUAAAAGAAAUCUCUGGAUGUCUCUUCAGAACGUCUCUAAACUCUAAACCAAGACUUUAAACCAAGACUUUGGCUUCAAAACCUAAGAAAGUGGUUCAAAUACAUCGACAACCGGACUAUUCCGAAUAGCAGCAAGCAAAGUUAGGAUAACCGUGCUGAUCGCCAACAUCCAGAAGGGUAGGCAUCGUAAGAAAAAGAAGAAGCCGUUUCAGCCAACUUUUUCUUCUCUUUGUCUUGACGAAUCGACGGUCUUUUUAGUUCUAGAAGUAUUGUGCAGUACCUGGUCUGGUAGUACUAGAAGUAAAACACCUGAAAUGUUAUUUAUUCAUCUUCCACGUUCAAAAAGUCAUAGGCGAAUUUGACUUCAGCUAGCUUUAGAAUUAUUUCCCUUAAUCAAUCCACUUGCACAAUGGAAAAACAUCUUAAAAUCGUUUUCGUACUUUGCAAAAUAUAUUCAAGAGAUAAAAGAAAACAUAUGUUUCUGAGCAGAAAAGAUCAGCCUUAGAAUUUUAUGGUCAUUGGCUACCAGUUAGCAAACUUUGCACCAACAGCAACAUUAAUCAAGUCAGUUUUUUUGAUUGUACUCUUAUUUUUUAUUAGACUUGAAGAGUACAAUAUAUUAUCUAAAACUUCAAUCGUUGAAACCAAGAUUCUGGUGACAACCUGAAUUGGUGCCUUCUAAAAUUUGCAAGGCAAACGAACGAUGAAUAAAGCAGACUAGGGGGGAUCUAAGAUUGCAUUCCACAACCCUUCAAUAAUUCAUCUAUUUUCAUUAUUAUUUCAUAUAAUUUUACUUAGUAAGACGGCUGGUUUUCGUUACGAUUCAGAGCGGACCACAGACCUCUCUGAAGAUCCCAAAAGGGUGAAACGUACCUAAGAGGAUGGUGGUUUCUUCUGAAACAGAAUGAAAUAUUAACUGUCUUUCAUUUUCAUUAUCUAAAUUUUAAUUUUCAUUGAUUUGUUUCAUUUAAAAAAUGAAAACUUUACACAAAAGACUUUCUUUAUAUUAAUAAUAUAAUUGCUUUGUAGUUUUAGGUAGUAUGAUAAGUUGUAAAUUAUGUCUUCGUAUGAGUAGUACCUAUCUAAAAUCAUUGGAAUAUUCAAAAGUCCAUGACAAUAUCACUAGAUUAUUAUGAGCUUACAUUCCUGAUUUCGAAAGAAAACAAAGCGAAUAUAUUUUAAAAAUAUAUUUUAAAUGAGACUUUAAUGUAAGUUCUGUAAAUUAGAUAAGAGUGUGUAACCAAAGCUUGUUAUAUUGAGUAAACCAAUAAAUUUGGAUAGACAAAUCCAAAAUGAAGCAAUCAUCCGUUUUUAUAUUUUUGGCGUAGUAUGGCAGUUAAAUAUUUUUAAAGAUAAGAUUAUAUACUAAUAUAGAUCCAGAAUAGUCACUUUUUAGCAAACACUACCCGUAUUUUAAAUGGAAAAUAAACAACUGCAUCUUGAAUUAAUCAAAUGGUCUAAGAAUUAAUUUUGUUCCACUAAUGUACGUAUUAUGAUGCUUCAGUAUAUUCACCUUCGUUACCUAUGUUACAUUUCCAAAUAUACCCUUAUUCGUCUUUUUGGAGUAUAUGAGUUUAGCUGAUUUUUAAUUCUAUGAAUUUCCUUCAAUGAAAUUAGAAAUUAUCUUAAUCUAAACUUUUUCUCAACUCUGUCUAUAAGUUGGCUGUUUAUUUUCAAAUGAACUUGCAUACGAGAUUGAUUGUCUGUUGUUUAUCAUUAAUUUCGUUUUUGUGAUGUUAAUGUUGAGACCAUAUACCUCUCCCACUGUAUUAAUACUGUUUACUACCUCUUGUGAUUUAUGUUGUCUGCUAUAAUAGCUGUAUCAUCAACAUAUCGCAAAUUAUUUAUCAGAAUUUUAUUUAUUUUGAUACACUUUCAUUCUUCUGUGCAAGUUGAAAGAUAAAUUUUUACAUCAAUGUUAAACAGCAGAGGGAAGAGGUUGCAGCCUUGUCUCACGCCCUUACUUAUCCCUAUUUAUUCUGUAUAUAGACUGUUGGAGAUCAUUAAUUCCUUUUUGCUUUGGAGCCUUUUGAUUCUAAAAAAAUUGAUCUCAGUGUGAUCUCAACAGGCCUUUUGAAUGUUUUAAUAUUUAUUUCCUAUCGUUAGUUUUUCCGAUUGCUUUUUAUGUAUGGUAUUGUCACUUUAAUUGAAUCUUCGUUAAUAUUGUGGUUGGUCAUGUUUUAAAUAUUUACGUUGUGAUAAUCCUUGCCUUGUAAUUCAGGUAAUAUUCCUCUUAAUUUGUUAAAGUAUUUAUUGAUUGAAAUAGAUUGGGAUUUUAUACUUUUUCUUAUGGUCAUGUAUGAAAUCUUUGUCAUCUCGAUUUCAAUCAUCAGUUUGUGAUCUACUUGUAUUAACUUUUAUAUUAUAUUUAUAUACCUACAUCAACUUUUCAUAAAAUUCAUAAAUCAUUUGUUUACUUUAGUGUUAAAGGUUGCUUUGUUUAUGUUACUAUUUAUUAAACUGCAUCACUGGAUGUUGAACAAGUGACUAAGCUGUUUAUUAUUAUCUAUAUAGAUGGCGUAUUUGUUCGUUAGUCCAAGCGUUUGAUGUAAUUGUUGCCUAAGAUGAGAUUAGUUUUACAAAAUAUUUAAGAAAAAGCAUAUAUGAUGACCCAAAUUUGAAGGAAAACCAAAAUACGUUUAGGUAUAUAUAUUUCCUCAAAUUUACAGUCAUUCUACUAUUUUUAAAACUAAUACAGAAAAAUAAAGGAUCUCGAAGCCAAAGUGCAGAAAAAAUUGUAGAUGGUCGCGCUACCUUACCUUAAUAACGUAACUUUAUUAGUUGCGUGUUUUUGAGCCAUAUUGUAGUAUGUUUAUUCUAUAUUUUUUCUUUAAUCGUUAACGGUUUCUCAUUGUUGCUUUUUUACUUCUUGUCUGGGCAAUCUAGGAUAGUAGAAAGAUGAUAGAAAAUGAACAUGUCUGCCAUAGUAUUGAUGUUUGUAGUUUGUUGAUUUUGGCAUAUUUUUAAAAUCAAAUUGAAAGGCUUUCUAGGUUUAUAUUCCACAUCUAAAAUUGUUAUGGAUAUUUAUUGGCAUAUUAAAUAUAAAUUAAGUGAGUACAGAGUACACUAGUCUGUGAAUGACUGCAUGGUUGUGUAUUAUCCACCGUACGGAAAGGACAUUCUUUGCUUCGUCUUUCUAGCAAAGUCCGACUGAAGAGCUAUAAAUAGCGAAACAUUUGUCUCGGAAUGGCGAGAUAGACGAAGGUCUUAAUAUUCAUUUUCGUAUAUUAUUUACAUAUUAUAUAUCUAUAUUUUUUUAAAUUUUCUCAUAACUUUUAUUUUUGGUGACCAUUAACAUAAACGUGGAGCUACCCUACCACCCAACGUAUCACGUAGACGAAAUUUCACCAUUAAUGAGAAAAUCAAAAAUACAUAUGAAGUGGACGACAUAGUCAUAUGGGGGAGACAACGACUUUGUUUCUGGUGGCCAUAUAAAAGAAUUGGUUGUACGAUAUUAUAUUUCAUGAAUAUUGUACUGUUGAGUAGAUUCAUAGAUAGUUAUAUCAAGGAUUAUAAGAGAGAUCUAAUUGAAGGAAGAUUAUGCAUUGUCUGGUUGAUUGUCAACAGUUCGGAACGAAAAAAGACGGCAUAUGGCAAAGAAUACAUAAGAAAUUCAACCUCAAAACAUUAUUGUUACUAGAAAACGAGCCAUUUAAUGCUACAAACCAUCAUGCCAGGAAAAAUCUUUGGAAAGUAAGUUCCAGGAAAAAGAAGAACAUCCUGGUUGAAGAACCUCAGAACCUGAUUCAACACAACAUCUAUGCAGCUUUUUCGCGCUGCUGCAAAUAAGAUAAGGAUUGCCAUGAUGAUCGCCAACAUUCGUCGCGGAUAGGCACAUUAAGAAGAAGAGGAAUUUGAUGAUUACAAUCUUGAUACAAAUAAUUCACCCUCUUAAAAUAUGUUUAUGAAUGACGUAUGAAUGUAAUUAUUAUAGAAUACUUAAAAAUAGCGUAUAGCUAAGGAAAGAUUGUUGUUUUGGGAAAAAAAUUUCGUGACAAUAUAGAAAACAGUAGUUGUUAGUUUUUACUUAUAAUUAUUGGUUACUGUGAAAAGUAGAACCAAUAUUCUUUCAUUUUAAUCGUCUCUACUCAAUAUUGGGGGCAUUUUACUGUUGAUGAUAUAAAUAAGGUUCAGAAUUUUUCUGUGAAAUACUGAAAGAAACUAUUGGUUGUUCCUUUACGAUAAAUUUGUAUUUUGCAUAUGGUGUAGACCACAAUUAGCACAUAACACGAAAUUCGGGGAUAAUAGUAAGCAGCAGGAUAGAAUGUGAUGCUUCUUUUAAGAAAUAUAGAGUGCUUAAGUUAAUAAUAAUAAAGCAAGUUGCUAUCAAAUCUACAAAUCCCAUUAAGCAGAAAAUUAAUACCUAUUUUAUUACAUCAGGACAGUACAACUUGCUGUGUUCGCUGGUUGUUAGUAAACCGAUCUUCAUAUGAAAAGAGCUCAUAUUUUUACAAACUAAGAGGGAAUCUGGAGUCUAUGUCUCCACUGUUACAAGGCCAUCUUGGUAGUACAUCUGCCUCUGAUGUGUUCCAUUUAGUUAUGUCGUCUUUUGGAUGAAGAUGCCUUAAUUUAACCAGUAACAAUUCUUAUGGCCUCAUUGAGAAUACCUCAUUGGAAUAACUUUUGUGCCCUCUCCAACUUGAGCCUGAACUGAACACCCAAGUAUCUGGGAUAGUUACAGUACAUUAGAGUUUUAAUGACACCACAGCCUUUAAAAAGCUUAACACGGGCUUAACACAAAAUAUACUUUACAGUAGAGUUCAUUUUAAGUAGUGGAUAGAAAUGACUUCUAAUAGAAAACUGAAUGCAGUUCCUUUCUAUAGGUACUAUAUAAAAUAUGGAUAAUAAUGAUCGAUCAAAAUAUUGAAUGCAAUUCAAGGUACUCUAUUCCGUACUAAUGGGCAAGUUGUAAUAAAAUAUUAAUUGACUUUCUUGGGUAUGUGAAUUCUCAUACAAGCUAUACAAGACACAAGCCCACCAUGAGUUUUUUAAUUUCGCUAAGUAAUAAAAAAGAAAUUCAUGUUUUUUACUGUUUUUACUCAAGCUUUUAUUUUUUUUUAUAACUAAUUAAGGCUUAUAUUUUUAUAUUUUGAAUAUAACUACUUGAAUGUAAAUAGACAAAUUUUGAAACGUAGAUUUACUACAUGUAUACGAUUUUUUGAUUUUAAAAAUAUGCCAAAAGUGUGAUGGUGUCUAUUAAAAUCAUUCUUCGAUCCUAUAAUUGUAAAUAUUUCUUAUGUUUGUAAAGACCUGCACCUAAACUCAUGUAUUCUGAAGGACGUAUCAAAAUGAACAUUAUUUUAAAAGAGUUUAUGCAGAAAUAAUUGAAGUGUCAAAUAUAUUGCCAAAUAUUCAGCGAAUAUAAAUAUGUUAAAGUAAAAAACAUGUCGAGUUACAUACAUAUAUAAAAAACGGUUAUGUUUUAUAUCUGAAGAAUUGGCAAUAAGAUCUAAUGAUGGACAAAUGACGAAUUAAUACAUUUUGAAACGUCUUGUGUAAACGUAAUCUACUCAUUUUCAUUACCUCUAAGUCUUUCAUUUAAGUUUUUACUUCUUAGAUACACUACGUUAUAUGUUAUAGUAUAUAGAUAUAUAUUUUUCAGAGUAUUCAUAUACAUUUUCUGUAUUUUUAAUUUUUAAGUUUGUCGUUUUUAAGUCUUAUGGCAUAUGUAGUUUUAGGAUAUAUAUAUUUUAGAAAGAAAUAUAAAUAAAAUAACGUACAUAUUAUAUAUAAUAAAUUUUAAUAUAAGAGUCUGUAUAUGAAGCAAAAUUCAGAAUAUUUUCAUUUUAAAUUACUUUGUCAGAUGCCGAUAUCAAUUAAUAAAUACCUAAAUUAUCAUUACCUA